AUCGAUAGGGCAGAGCAAAAGUGGACGUAAAGCUAAGCAAAUAUUGCAGGACACCAGAUCUGAAAACAUCGAGACAAAACGGAAUUCAGUAAUGGCUUUCACAUUGGAAACCGGGGAUCUGAAGAAGCUGAAGUACUUCAUCGACUGUGCGCUUGAGAAUCCCACCUUCUUGAACAUGCCGCAGCUGCAGUUCGUCAAAGAUUUCGUGGAGAAGUUUGGUGGCACGGUGCCGCCUGGCCAAUUCAACGGUGGCAGCGCCGGAGGCAAGUGCCCAUUCGGCGGCGAUGCUGGUGCCAAGGCCAACGAGCCGGCCAAUGCCUCCGUGGAUAGCGAGGACGAAAAGUCCCUCUCCGAUCCUGAGUCGGACGUGGAGCUGGACAUGGAGGGUGUGAUCGAGGCGGACAGCGACCCCGCUCAACCCAUGGGCAACUACAGCAAGAAGGCCACCGAAGAGGAGGUGGAGCAGGCGAGCGAGCUGCGCGCCCAGGCGGCCUCCGCCUACGGCCAGCAGAAGUUCGACGAGGCCAUCGCCUUGUACACCAAGGCCAUUGAACUGAGCCCGGGUAAUGCCCUUUUCCACGCUAAGCGUGGUCAGGCCUUCCUCAAGCUGAAGAAGCCGAAUGCCUGCAUUCGGGACUGCGACAUGGCGCUGGAACUCAACUCGGAUUUGGCGGCUGGCUACAAGUUCAGGGGACGCGCCCGUCGCCUCCUCGGAGAUUUUGAGCUGGCUGCCCAUGACUUGCGCCAAGCAUGCAAGCUGGACUUCGACGAGGAGACAGACGGGUGGCUAAAGGAGGUCACUCCGAAUGCCAAGAAAAUCGAGCAGCAUCGCGUGAAGCAGGAGCGUCGCCAGGCAGAGCGUAAGAUCAAGGAACGCCAGCGGGAUCAGAGGCGCGCCCGUAAGGAGCAGGAAAAGCACAAUGCCAGCUCUGGUGGAUCAUCCGGAGAAUUUUCCCCUGGGGCUCCUGGUAACGUAAAUAUAUCUGAUAUACUGGGCGUCAUGAAAGAUCCCGAGGUGUCAGCCGCCAUUCAGGACAUUUUGUCAAAUCCCGGUAACAUCACGAAGUACGCGUCGAACCCGAAGAUAUACAACCUUAUCAAGAAGAUUGUGCCCGGUGGAGAUGUGGGUGCUGCCUUUGGCCAAGCGGGUGAAAAAGCUGGAGAGCCGAGCGAGCCAAAGCCUAAAAAGGAUUCCGCCGACUUCGUCGAUGACGGUUUGGACUAAGGUUUAAAAAUGGGGAAGUAGUAAGACUGAAACAUGCGUCGAUAAAAAGAAGUUAACAACCAAUCACACGAAAUCGAGCGAGAUUACAAAACAGCAAAGAAAGAGAAAGAAACAGAGAGCGGGGAGGAAGAUGGACUACACGAAACAUAAAAGGGAAAGCGGCUGCCUUACACAUUUUUGCAGCUGAGAAAAAACAAACAUUUCCUAAGCUUUAACUUAACCAACACGUAAAAGAACGGGCGACAAUGGAGAGAAUUCAAAUAUUCAAAAUACUACAAGCAGUCAGAAGAAUAAGCAACAUGUAUUUAAAUCGAGCAGAAAGAGAUGUUGGAGAUGCUGGAGAUGCUUCUUCACAUAUUAUUGAAAAGCAUACUUGCGGCCAUUAAAAUGGCAAAUGAAACUAUACAAAGGAGCUAGAAUAUGCUUAAAAACUUUUCACAUUUGCAGUUCACAGGGAAAUGAAAAGAUUGUCCUGUGACGAACCAAACAUGAAUGUUUAGACGUCAAGUCAGAUUCAAGGGUGCCGAUCGAUCUAGUUGAACUAAAGCUCGAGAAACAACCAAAACAAAAUAAAAAAAACAUAUUCAAUAAUAUUAGCCUAAAUUACCGAGGAUGAAGAAAGGGAUAAAACUAAUCGCAUCAUUUUGUCAAACAAAAUUGUACUGAGUAGGAUUUAAAUCAUAUUGUACUAAGCAAAUGCAUUUAGCCCCCCAACAUGAAAGCAAUCGCCCACUCACUCGUAUUCAAAACUCAUUCACAACUACAUUCAUACACCAGUUAUCAAUGGAAUUAAAUAAACGAAUCAACAAGAAACCGAA